AUGGAAGGAGUUUUCGAUAGAAUGGCUUGGCUAAAAAUUGUUGGCCUCCCAGUGAACCUCUGGAAUGAAGAAAAUUUCUAUAGAAUUGCUAGUGAAUUCGAUAAGGCGAUAGAGCCAGUUAAGAUUCCGCCAAGUAUUCAGGACUUGUCCUUAGGGAACAUCUGCAUCCUAAUAGAAAAAAAAAGAAUCAACGAUGAAGUAUUGGUGGAAAUAAACCGAAACAUCAUCAACGUGGGUGUGAUGGAAAGUGAAUGUGAUUGGUCCCCAUUCCCAUUUGGACCGGUUGACAUGUUAGAAGUCUAUGAGUCUGAGGAGGAUCUAGACAUAUCGAUUAAUUUGGAUGAGAAUGUAUUGGAAGAAGGUGAAAUCAAAUACAUAACUGAUGACAAUGAGGAAGGGAUAUCAGAGACCAACUUCGCUAAUGAGUCAGAGGCAAAAAAACGAGGCUGUUGGUGUAGAUGUCAUUCUGACGACGGUGGAAGUGUCGAUACCAAACGCAUGUGUGGAAGGCGAUGA